CUGUCCCUUACACUUUUUCAUGCUGGGAAUCGAGCCUUGGCCGAAGCUGAGGUGGUGUUGCCGGCAGUAUACGAUCACUGGCAGGGAAACGCCAGGUCUGCCUCUGCCAACCUUGUAAAGUAUUGGAGCUUGGAGGAAGCAGCAUCCUGACGGGCUGCUGACACACAGAUCGAGAAUAAAUUAUGCAGCUCUGGCUGCCAUCCAGGUUAAAUAUACAAUUGGGAGGUGCCUAUAUGGAAAGGAAGAGAUGUAGGAGAGCUAAUGUCGGGAUCGGAAGGAAGAACCUCGGGGAAUCUCGGAAAAUCGUUUUAUUAUAGGACCCCCUCAAUGGAGAUUUUAUCUUGCAUGCAUUCACAAGCGCACACCAACGAUUGGAUUACUACAGGGUCUGAAGCAAGAAACGAGUGAUAGUGGUCUCUUACUUGAAAAGUUAGGAUACGAUUGUAAGGACAUAGUUCUGAAGGGAAAUUCAGGAUGUGGACAGCUCCAUGUGGACUGGUGAGGCAUACGUACUUUCGUAAUUAAGCAGAAUUAAAUAAAGAUGAUGCGGAAGAGCAGAACCCAUCUCUGUAAAACAAAGCAUGAAGGCACACUUCAGAUGUUAUGUUUAGGAUGUCGAAAACACGGAAGCAGUUUAAUUAGUUUCAGAGAACUGUUUAGCAAAGAUAGAAGAGUCUGGAUUGCGUAUUCUAUGCUUCAGUUACUUUUUUGAAAAAAAAAAAUGAAAAAGGCAUUCUGAUUAAAAGGUUCCAUUAAAUGUCACCAGCAAGGAACAGAAAGAUUAAAAGUCUGCCAAGGAGCUUUAUGCAACAGCAGUCAACAAUGGAUUUUUACAGUCAAGGGGUUCUACUUGAAAUGAAGUCUCACGUUCUCUCUCUCAAAGGGAAGGCAGACGGAUGGUUUGUGCUGCUCCCUCCCCAAUCAUAAACUGCUGCGUGAUUAAUGAACUUCUAUACAUCGUGUUAUACUGAGCCUUUUCUACCUGCUUUGCCACCAAAUUGGAAUUGCCAUAUUACAGAUAUUUCCUUAGUAAUUAACCUAAUUCUUUGGAUCUAUAUAGGAAGGCUUGGGUCACUGCCAGGAAAUGCAUUAAACACAUUGCUCCAGAUUCUCUCUUUCCCUAAAGUAAUGACAUGUCUCUCAUUUACAGUCAGUAACGCUAUAACAAGGCAGGGUAAACAGCUCCAUCACUGGCAUAUUUUUUUUCUUUUAGCAAAAAGUGAGUUUCCAGGAAUGCAACGAUGAAGCAAGUACAAGCUUCCUAGCUCUUUAUAGAAUUCAGAGACUUAAACAGAUUGAUAAUGUAAAAUGUCUAUAAUACAGAAAAAGGAAUAUCUUCCUUGAAUUGUAUUGAUUGUAUAUUAAAGCAGAGGAAUUAGAAGAGAAACUGUAUGCAUUACAAAAGGAAGUUGAAAUGUGUGAAGCACUGAACAGUGAAGGUCUGCUAAAUAAACAUUCUAAAUGUUCAAACAGGAAUUAAUUCUAUAUAUUUUGUAAACUGUUAGGCAAGAUUGUGUUUCUCAAAUACCGGCUACUAAGACAAGACAGAGUGCUGUUCAAAUGUUAAUCUAUUGGUAGUUUAAAUCUGAGAAAAUAUAUUUCUUUUCAUCAUGGUGCUGCCACCACCAGAUAAGCGUCAUGUGUGUCUGACCACAAUCGUUAUCAUGACCAGCAUGGCCUUCAUGGAUGCCUACCUUGUGGAGCAGAAUCAGGGACCUCGGAAAAUUGGAGUAUGCAUUAUUGUGCUUGUAGGAGACAUAUGCUUUUUGAUAGUACUUCGCUAUGUGGCAGUGUGGGUGGGAGCUGAGGUGAAGACAGCCAAACGAGGAUAUGCUAUGAUCCUGUGGUUCCUCUAUAUAUUUGUCCUACAGAUAAAACUCUAUUUUAUAUUUCAGAACUACAAGGCUGACAAGCGAAAUUUGGACACAGUGGCAAGGAAAGCCUUAACUUUACUGUUAUCGAUUUGUGUACCGGGUCUGUAUUUGAUUCUUGUUGCUUUGGACAGUAUGCAGUAUCUCAGAACUUUUAGGAAAAAGGAGGAUUUGAGAGGCCGGCUCUUCUGGGUGGCACUGGACUUAUUGGAUAUUUUAGACAUUCAAGCUAACCUCUGGGAGCCGCAUAAAACAGGACUACCAAUUUGGGCAGAAGGCCUCAUGUUUUUCUACUGUUACAUUUUGUUGUUGAUUCUCCCUUGUGUUUCGUUGAGUGAAAUAAGCAUGCAAGGAGAACAUAUCACUCCACAAAAAAUGAUGCUAUACCCCGUGCUGAGUUUAGUUACCAUUAACAUUGUCACAAUCUUUAUCCGUGCUGUUAAUAUGGUUCUAUUCCAGGACAGUCGUGUAUCUACUAUAUUUAUUGGUAAAAAUGUUAUUGCCAUUGCUACAAAGGCCUGCAGUUUUAUAGAAUAUAAGAAACAAGUGAAAGAAUUUCCUCAAAAUGCUAUAGCUCUAGAACUCCAACAGAACUCAGUUUCUCAUAAUCAGACUAUUCAUACCACUCAGGGACCCCCUCAUGAGCCGACUCCAACCAGAGAAAUAAUGGACACAUGACCACAUUUUCAUUACCCAAGACAUUCAGUAAAGAUAGGCAACUUUGGCAUGACAGUGGGACAUUCCUUUAUACUGAAUGAUGGUGAAGACAGAAGAAAUUUAAAGAACACCACUCUGUGUUUGUUUUAAUCCUAUCUAAGGCAACAGUUAGAGAUCCAGGGCAGAAAGGGGUAUUAGGAGGAGGAAUGUCCGUAAGCCUUCUCAUCUCAGGUAUCAGCCAAUAAUUUACUAAAAAAAGAAACCAAAUGAUUCUAACAGCACUGCUGAGGGAAUGCUCUUAGCUACCCAAAGCUUAUGCUCUAGUGAAACAUCAGAGUUCCAAAGGACAUCAGCAAGUUUCCACAGUAUGGUCUGGAACUCACAAAUCCUGAUUCACUACAGCAACAAAUCCUCAAAACGUUCCAGAACUGUUUGGAAGAAGAGUCCAGUUAUAUGUUUACUUACUAAAAUGACUACUUUUUUAUAUUAACAAAAUGUCCACAUAUUCAAAGCCUGGUGUUAUUUUUUUUUUUGUAAUUAACAAGAUACUUCUUGACAUGUUUUCAAAAGCAAAACACAAGCAAGUUAACACAUUAAACAUAAAGCACUUGAGCCAAUAUUUAUUUCAGAUUCCUAAAGAAGAUGGAACAUAUGGCUCUACACUUGCUUAUCGUCUAAGAUAUAUGUUUUUUUUAUUUGCAGACCAUUACUAGCUAAAUAGUUGUGUUUUAAACAGGCCAUGUAAUUUAAAAACUCAGCACAAUUCAUACUUCCAGGUCAGUGUGUGACCACUGGGAAGGGUGAGUUUAUCUAGCACUUUGCUAAUGGGCAACAGUGUAUUUCCUAGCCGCAACCUGCCUGUUGUUAUGCAAUGUCAGAUAUAAAGACUCAUGCAAAAUUUGAAAUGGUGUUACAUUUAUAAGAAAGCAUUUAGUAAGUUAUUUAUAAAUCUGUAAUAAUAUAUUUUUUAGAAAAGCAAAAAAAAAAAAAAAAAAAAAAACACACACUAACCAAGGUUUGAUUGUAUACUGAUUUGAGUUUGACACAUUGUGCACUUCUAAUCCAAUACUGUGGUGAACCGUGUCAUUUUAUUCUAGUGUUUUUAAGAAACUUCACAUGAAAGCAUUGAUUCUAAUUGAAUAAAAUGUAAGGACUUG